UUACCUGCAGUUGUUCACUUUUGUUGAAAGUGACCAUGUCUCAAGUCCAAGUGCAAGUUCAGAACCCAUCUGCUGCUCUCUCAGGGAGCCAAAUACUGAACAAGAACCAGUCUCUUCUCUCACAGCCUUUGAUGAGUAUUCCUUCUACUACUAGCUCUCUGCCCUCUGAAAAUGCAGGUAGACCUAUUCAAAACUCUGCUUUACCCUCUGCAUCUAUUACAUCCACCAGUGCAGCUGCAGAAAGCAUAACUCCUACUGUUCAACUAAAUGCACUGUGCAUGAAACUUGGAAAAAAACCAAUGUAUAAGCCUGUUGACCCUUACUCUCGGAUGCAGUCCACCUACAACUACAACAUGAGAGGAGGUGCUUAUCCCCCGAGGUACUUUUACCCAUUUCCAGUUCCACCCUUACUUUAUCAAGUUGAACUUUCUGUGGGAGGACAGCAAUUCAAUGGGAAAGGAAAGACGAGACAGGCUGCGAAACACGAUGCUGCUGCUAAAGCCUUGAGGAUCCUGCAGAACGAGCCUCCGCCUGAGAGACUGGAGAUGAAUGGAAGAGAAUCAGAAGAAGAAAAUCUCAAUAAAUCUGAAAUAAGUCAAGUGUUUGAGAUUGCACUUAAACGGAACUUGCCUGUGAAUUUCGAGUCUUUCCCUCUGACACAGGUGGCCCGGGAGAGUGGCCCGCCCCACAUGAAGAGCUUCGUGACCAGGGUUUCGGUUGGGGAGUUCGUGGGGGAAGGGGAAGGGAAGAGCAAGAAGAUCUCCAAGAAGAACGCGGCCCGUGCUGUGCUCGAGGAGCUCAGGAAGCUGCCCCCUCUGCCUGCCAUGGAGCGUGUGAAGCCCAGGAUCAAAAGGAAAACCAGGCCCACAGGCAAGCUACAGACAAGCCCAGAGUAUGGCCAAGGAAUGAAUCCCAUCAGCAGACUGGCCCAGAUCCAGCAGGCCAAGAAGGAGAAGGAGCCGGAGUACACGCUGCUUACCGAGCGAGGCCUCCCCCGUCGCAGGGAGUUCGUGAUGCAGGUGAAGGUGGGAAACCACACCGCAGAAGGAACGGGCACCAAUAAGAAGGUGGCCAAACGCAACGCAGCUGAGAACAUGCUGGAGAUCCUUGGUUUUAAAGUCCCACAGGCCCAGCCCACCAAACCUGCGCUCAAGUCAGAGGAGAAGACACCAAUAAAGAAACCAGGGGAUGGAAGAAAAGUAACCUUUUUUGAACCUGGCUCUGGGGACGAAAAUGGGACUAGUAAUAAAGAGGACGAAUUUAGGAUGCCUUAUCUCAGUCAUCAGCAGCUGCCUGCUGGGAUUCUUCCCAUGGUGCCCGAGGUCGCCCAGGCCGUAGGAGUUAGUCAAGGACAUCACACCAAAGAUUUCACCAGGGCAGCUCCAAAUCCUGCCAAGGCCACGGUAACUGCCAUGAUAGCCCGAGAAUUGUUGUACGGGGGCACUUCACCCACAGCCGAGACCAUUUUAAAGAAUAACAUCUCUUCAGGCCACGUACCCCAUGGACCUCUCACAAGACCCUCUGAGCAACUAGACUAUCUUUCCAGAGCCCAGGGAUUCCAGGUUGAAUACAAAGACUUCCCCAAAAACAACAAGAACGAAUUUGUAUCUCUCAUCAAUUGCUCCUCUCAGCCACCUCUGAUCAGCCACGGUAUCGGCAAGGAUGUGGAGUCCUGCCAUGAUAUGGCUGCUCUGAAUAUUUUAAAGUUGCUGUCUGAGUUGGACCAACAAAGUACAGAGACGCCAAGAACAGGCAACGGGCCAGCGUCCAUGUGUGGGAGGUGCUGAACAUUUUCUGGCCGUGAACCAUUUUGAAACGCAACAUAUAUACUGAACACACUGAAACUGCUUUGAAAAUUUGGAAUUUCUGAUACGUCCAAGUGGGCUGAGAGAUGUGGUGGGUCAGAGGCGGGCGGCAGCAUGGAGACCACAGCGACCCGAGGUGGCCAGCGGAUGAGGCAGCUGCUGGGGGAGAGGCUCGUGGGCAUCCAGCGGCGGCUCGGUGCUUGGCCUUUUUUUUUUGUCUCUCUUUGCUGUGUAAAAAAGAAACAAAACAUGAACGUUCUUGUCCUGGUGACUCAGACACUUUGGGACAACCCUGGACAGCCACGCUGGAGAGAGGCCCUAGACCGGCCCCAGAGCUAACAGCACCAGAGAAAAUCCAAUGCUUCCUCCUCAGCUGACCUACCUUCCUAGCGGGCCGGCCACCCACCGCCUACGUCGUGCCCACCCUGAACACCACUUCCUCCCCAGUGAGGCGUGCUCUUCUUCGUUUCAUUAUUUUCUUUUGAUUGAUAUGACACUAUAUAAAGUUUUCAUUUGAGAGUUUCUCAAUUGUAUCUAGUUAUAUAGCACAGUUUAGAAACUUGUCUGAGACUGACUUUAUCAGUACCUAACCGGCAAAGAUCAUAUCCAUGUGUGUGGUUAUGCGUUCCUAUUUCAUUGGACUAACCCAGGACCCUUUCAGUAGUGCAGGUUGUGGCCCUUUGGUUUAGCUGAAAAAGUCCUGGACUUCUCAGAAAACUUGAUGAAGUCUCCCACAGUUGUAUAAAUUGGACAAUUUAGGAAUUUUAAACUUUAGAUGAUCAUUUGGUCCUUUUCUAUUUUAUUUUUAUUUUUGUUAAUGCAACAGGACUUAAAUAAAUGAACUUUGAUCUUUGUUUUAAAGAUUAUAAAAAAAUUGUGUCUAUCCAUCUGGCUCUUGAGGACGUUUAGCUUUCACCACACUGCGGGGUCACGCACACGGGCCCGCAGCUGACUCUCCUCGAGUGCUUGAUACUGUUAAUGACAUCUCCAUGUUGGGCUGAGAAGAACGACCGUUUGUAUAUACAGCUGUGUUGCUUUUGAUGCUGUGCUGUUGUACACACAGACGUGUGCACAGAGUCUGCUCUGUCCUGGUGAAGAGCACGUAGCCCUGCCGGUUCAGUACUGCUUCCACCCGUUGUCACGCUGGAACUUUCUCCCCAUGGAAUGUAAGUAAAACUUAGUGUUUGUCACCAAUAAAUGGUAAUACUAAAAUUUUUUUUAAUUUAUUUUUAAAUGCCAGUAUGUUAGGUUGGUCUCCUUCCAAGUCAUCCCUCCCCUUUUUUAUUUUUAAGAAAAAAUGAUUUGUAAUGCUUGUGAUUCCCUCUGGGCAAAAUCUGAAGAUCUGAGAUAACUUUAUAUCAAACCAUUGAUCAAUAAACAGCUACUAAUGAA